CCCCCGAGUCCCGAGCCGACUGGUCGGUGGACGGCCCAAUUCAGUCAUACCCCGAAAUACCUCCUUUCAUUGUCACACUCUCAUUUCCUCUCUUCUCUUCCACCAUCGCUGCCCACACCUCAACAAUUCUAACAGGUAAUUAACUUAGACCUAUUUCCCAUUUUUGUGUAGCUGCAAGCCUGCAACUGAAUGAUAUAUAUGUGUCAGCUUUCUUUCUUUUCGAUCACGAUCAACGUUUUUGUUCGGUGUUUUUUUCUGAUGGGAUUUUGAUUUGUUUGCGUACAUUCCUGCAUUGAGGAUCGGUGCAUCUUCAAGGGAUCGGCUCGCUCUCUUCCUUUCUGUUUCUUGUUUUAGAGGCUAACUGGUUGAAGUAUGAAUCCACCAGCUGAUGACACUGAAUUGACACCCGAGGAAGAAAAGGAGGGAGGGGCUUUGUUCCACUGUGACCUUUACGAUGCGGACAUUGUGCACAAAAUAGCCGAGGAGUUCCUCCCUGGAUUGGCCUCUGCAUGUGUCGACAACACAACCGGAGGCCUCUUCCGGAGCCCGGCUUCCGUGGCAGUAGACAUACGAAGGGAGAUGGUCGACUAUCUUACCCAAAGGAGUGAAAAUUUCGUGGCCGAGUCCGUGUUGUUAGAAGGCGGCCCGAACAUUGACCUUCCUGAGGACCCUUAUGAUAUAAUCUCUGACUUUAUAGACGAUUUCGCGAGUUCGAAGAGGAAUUUUUUCAGCCGGGUUUCGGGAUGGUUGCUGAGUGAAAGAAGGGAAGACAGGAUAGAUGAUUUUUCACAGGAAAUGGAGAUUGGUGGCUUUUGGUUGCUUAACCGGAGGGAAUCUGUAGCCCAGACUAUUCUAAAAAAUGCAGAUUUCAAGAACAUGUAUCACUGUAGCUUGAGCUUUAAAUCUGAAGAAGAAUUGGAGGCGCAUAAGUUAAAUUGUAGUUUCAGGACCAUAAACUGCCUGAACGAGGGGUGCAAUUUUAGGUUUAGUGCUGCUCAGAUGGAGCAACACGACCAGACGUGUCCCUUCAAGAUAAUUCAAUGUGAGCAGAACUGCUCGGAGAGUAUAAUGAGGCGUGACAUGGAUAGGCACUGUAUAACUGUGUGCCCUAUGAAGCUGGUGAAAUGCCCCUUUUAUUCAGUUGGCUGUCACUCCUCCAUUCCUCAGUGUACAAUCGAGCAGCAUCGGUCAGAAAGUCUUGACGCUCACUUGAUAUGCAUUCUGCAGCUUGUUUACAAGGAAGCGAAAACAGAAGAUCUCAAGGAAAGAGUUGAAGAACUUACUAAGUUAGCUUCUCCUGAAAGGCUAGCAGCAGCUCGUGAUGCACGAUCCCUAACCUUUGCAAUUAAGGAUAUCGAUGCAAAGCUUGGCCCAUUAAAACUCAAGACUGCUGCAAAGAGUGACGAUGAGGCCAAUGAUUUGACUGAUGAGAAGGAUGAAAAGGAUGAGAAGGCCGCCUCACCAAACAUAAAGCUCAGUGUGGAAUCUCCAAGAACAAAUACAGAAAUUGCCAACUCACCCCCAAAAGUCAGCGAUUAUAAGGAAGAAGAACAGGUAAAGGAAAUGGAAAAUGGAAAGGAAGAAGAAAAGAUGAAGGAAAUGGAAACAGAGAAGGAAAUGGGAAAGGCAAAUCCAACCACAAAACUCAGUGAUUAUAAGGAAGAAGAGGAGGUGAAGGGCUUGGAAAAUGAAAAGGAAAAGGAAAAUGAAAAGGAAAUGGAAAAGGUUGACGAAAACGAGAACAAAAUGGAAGACAAUUACAAAAAGGAAAUGGAAAGGAAAGAGGAAAUGGAAAAUGGAAACGUAAAGGAAACAGAAAAGCAAAAGCAAAAGUUAGUGGAGCCUACGAGCAGUGUUACUGAGCCGUCGUUAGAGUUGGAACCUGAUAACAAAAAUUCUGUUGCAUCAGCCUCUGUGCAACAAGAUUUUAAUGAAUCACCACGUCUAGCAAGAGGAGACAGUUCAGGAGAAUUGCGCAAAGCCGACGUGCUACUUCUUGAGAAUCUAUCCAGGGAAAAUAUAAGCGAAUCACCUAAAUACGAGCAUGUUCAAUCACCUACCAAAGCAGGGGAGCAUGCAAAUUCAGUCGCCAAGAAGGAAAAUCAUUCUGCGGCACAUGCUCGGGAUGAAAACUCAGACUAAAUAUAGGGAAGUGACAAAAGGGUCAUCUAAUUGAUGAGUAAUACACAUUUAUUUAUUGAAGAAACUCCUUCAGCUUAUUAGCCUUUUGAGUAGAGGAUUUUAAGCGCUAUAUACAUAUAUAUAUUUUUUUUUUAUUUUUUGAUUUAUCAUACAUAAGUGGGGUCAUAGUUCCUAAAAUGGAACAUGCCAAUGAAGUGNUUUUCUCAUUUUCAUGUUUGUUUCUC